UUGAUUGUUAUUCCUGUCAAUGCUGAUACAUCAAUUUCAACAAUCACAGGAUCAUAUAAACCAUCAAAAUACGUCAGCAAACAAAACAUUCAGAAGAUAAUAAACAAGCUUUCAGAAGAUCCUGCGUUUAAUGAACUUUCUAGAAUGUUGUUAGAAACAGCAAAGAGCCACAUCGAAGUGAGCGAACUCAAAGAUUUUGCCUCAGAUAUCGAUACAAUUCUUAAAGAAUCGAAUGAUAGAAACACAAUCAAAAUCGGCGAAGAAGCCAAAACAAUUAUUUCAACAGCCGCGCAUUUGAUCAACAACAUGGAAUACGCAGAAUCCGGUCUUAUUACAGCCAUGAAGAAUGGAUAUUGGGUUUUAUUCGAUGGCGUUGAAUCAUGUCCUUCAAAUAUAUUGGAAAGAAUCAUUACAUUGCUUGAUUUCGAACCAUCCUUGAAUUUAUAUGAAGUUGAUGAAGGAAUUACUUAUUCCACUAAAUCACAAAACCUGAUCCAUGAUGAUUUCAGAAUCAUUAUCACAUACAAUGAUGUAGGAACACAUAAAAAGACUCCUCUUCCACAAACAAUACUUUCAAGAUGUGCUAUUCUAAGAAUGGAUCCAAUUGACAUUGACCCUCGAACAGUUGCAGAAAUAUCAUUGUUCAAUGUUCCAGAUGUCGAUAUAUAUUAG